AUGAGUCGUUUGCUGCCAAAACCAACAUUAGAGUCGAUCCGACAGAUAUCUAGCUCCAAAGAGUUGGAUAUGGGAAUGACACACGUAUUCAAUGAUUGUCAGUUUACAACAUAUGCGCAUCGGAAACUAUUGAUUAUAAUGAAGAGUCUCUUUUGUCGAGCAAUUGAGAUGAGUCUAGACGAUUAUUUCGCUAUGCGGUUUACCCAGUUGUUGAACCAUUCGCUAAAGUUUAAAAAGGGUGAACCUAAUGCCGAUCGCGUUGCCAAGUUUGUUGCCCAUUUCGUGAGAUUUAUUGGUAUUGGUACUGGUACUGGUACUGGUAUUGAUGAGACUGAAGAGGCAAAGAAGAAGAUGAAAAACGAUUUGUUGCCUCAGGUGCCCGUUGCCGAUUUUACAGCUUAUCUAAUUAAACAUCUACUACGCGGUAUAGAAGCCGCUGACAAACUGGUGCGAUAUAGAGUGGUUCAGCUUCUUGCGCUACUCACAAAAUACAUGGGCGAAAUUGACGAACAAACAUUUAAAGCAUUAUUCAUAUCGCUAUCAACAAGGCUAAAGGAUAGGGAGAUACCCAUUAGGAUGCAAGCGGUAUUAGCGCUAUCCAAUUUCCAAAAUUUUGAUUUGGAUAACGAAUUAGAACAAGAAAAAGAGGAGGAGGAGGAGGAGGAAGAAAAUAGUAAAUCUUUGAGUCGUUUGUUAAUCAAUUCAUUAUGUUACGAUGAAAGUGCCGAAGUGAGACGUACUGCAAUGUUGAAUCUAGAGAAAAGUGUACAGACUAUUCCUUAUUUAUGGGAAAGAGUUCGAGAUUUGAAUAGUAUCAACAGAAGGAUUGUUUAUUCCAAAAUCACUCCUGAAAUUGGAAGUAUGAAAAACAUGAGAUUUAGACAUCGGGAGUUUCUUUUAAAGUGGGGGUUAAAUGAUAGAGACGAAACCGUUUUUAAAGCUGCAAGUAAACUUUUAUGCCGUACAUGGUUCGACUCUUGUGAAGAAAACUUGAUUGAAUUUUUAGAAUAUUUGAAUGUCACAGAAAGCUCAAUAGCAGAGAAGGCGAUAUCUGUAUUGUUCACAGAACGACCUGAAAUAGUACACAAUUUCAAAGCAGAUAAGGCCUUUUGGAAAGCCUUGGAUGUAAACAAGUCCUUUUUAUUGAGAGCUUUUUACAACCAUUGUAACCGAAAUAAGCUUUAUAACUUGAUAGAAGCAAAUUUCCCUGAUGCUUUGGAGUUGUCAGAUAUUCUCAAGAAAUAUUUAGCCGUGCGAAAAGAUGUGUUUCUGAUGGGCGACGAACAGAGUAUGAAGAAGGAGCAACUAAUUAGAAAUAUGAAAACUCUAGAUGAUAAUGUAUUUAACAUUGAAAACAAUAUUACAAGAUCAAAAAAGGAAUUGGAAAGUCUCAAUCACCGUUUUUUUAUAAGGCAAAGAAAUAAUGCUAUGGACCAAGGGGAGUCAGAUGACAAUUUGCAACAGAUUCUCGAGACAAAACAAAGUAUUGAGCAUAGGCUUGAAGAACUUCAGCAAGCUUUGUACACAUUGGACAAGGAGAGAAUGCAGAUGAUUGAAGAGGUUGAGUCAGAUCCGGAAUUUGAAAAAUGUAUCGAGACCCAAAGAGAUUCCGAUUUUCUAGUAAAUCAGUUACUAUUGAUAUGCGUGGAUUUUGAUUUUAGUGAUGAGAUUGGUCGUCGUGCCAUGUUAAAUGUUAUUAGAUCUCAAUUAUAUGAGAAAUUGCUUGAAGAUGAUAUAAUUAUCAAUUGCCUAAAGGUAUUGAAGAAAAUCUCAAUUAACGAGAAAGACUUUGUCAGUAUGACGGUUGAGAUUAUAACUGAUAUUAGAGAUGCAACUGUAGAUGAAGGAACGGGCAAAGUCAGUGGUAAUUCUGAUGAAAAAAUUGCAAGUGGUGACAGCGAUGACGAUGAUGAUAACGAUGAAAGUGAUGAUGACGAUGAAAGUGAUGAUGACGAUGAUGAUGAUGAUGAUGAUGAUGAUGAUGAUGAUGAUGAUGAUGAUGACCUUGGUAUGGAAUUGGACAACGAUGAAAAACAACAAGGAAAUAAAAAGAAACGUAAAGUCAAACCUACAAUGCCUGACGAUGAGACUGUCUUGCGCUGUUUGAAUAUGACAAGACAUGUAUUGGAGCUAGUAGAGAAUGGUCUUGAGCACUAUUUGUCUUUAAAUUCAAUCUAUUCUGGUAUAGUAAAUCAUGCAUUGAGCAGAUCCGAGAACUUUUCGAUAUACAUAGCGGGCUUAAAGUGUUUGGGUUUAUUUGCACUUAUUGAUGAAACGAUUGCAAAAGAUGCAUUGGCAACCUUUUUUCGAACAAUAAAAUCCUUUGGUGAACGAGUUCAGGUAGUUGCUGUUGUGGGAGUGAUUGAUAUACUAUCAAUCUAUGGAAGUGAUAUUUUAGAUACCAGCGGUCGGUUUUCAAUCAUUAAGUUGUUUUACAGAUUACUCAAAAGUGACUCGCAGAAGUUACAGGCCAUGGUUGGUGAGGGUUUGAUCAAGAUGUUUUUGGCUGAUAUUUUUAGUAUCAAUAUAAACCUCAGUGAAGAAGAGAAUUCAGAAGAAGUGGCGGCAAAGGAAGAGGAAAACAGUCCUGAAAGAGAAAUUUUCAUUGCUUUACUAUUGACAUAUUUCAAUCCUGCUACUUCUACGAACCAUGAGUUGAGACAAAUAUUGGCAUUUUGCAUACCGGUCUAUUGUUAUUCCCACCCGCAGCAUCAAAUGGGAUUAUCCCAAAUAUCUGGUGCGUUGUUGCUCCAAGCUGCCGAGCUGCAACAACGCUUUCAACCAGCUAAAAUAUUACCUCAAAUACUUGCAUGGGGCGACCCUCGAAAUCUUGUUCAAUUAAACUCUGAACAAAUGGAGAAAGAAGCAAGUCAAAUAUGGCAAGCCAUUCGUAUAUUGGAAGUAUUUGAUCAAGAAAGUUUAACGAGGGACUAUCGACGUGCAAUGAUUUUUAAUGUUUGCAAGAUUUCAAUAGCCCCUCAAGUUGAAGCUGAUGUGAUCAAGAAACUAAUUGCGGAAAUUGAAAAAGUUCAAGAUCUCUUGGAUACUGAGAAGAAUAAUAUCGACUAUCAGUUAGAUAGAUUUACUUUGAAAAAUUUAUCCAACUUUCAAAAAACUGUAGAAGAUGCAUUAGUGAGAGCUGAGUUAAAGGAAGAGGAGGAGGGAGAUGAGAGAGAGGGAGAGGGAGAGGGAGAUGAUGACGAUACCAAUAGACUCAAGUCUAGAAGUGUUUCUGUUAAUAAUAAGACCAUUGGUGAUGAAGAAGUUGUGCCGAACAAAGUGUUGAUCAAAGAUGAACCAGGAAAAGAGAAUGAAAUAGUGAGGCAAGAUCAUGAAGAGCAAGUUUUGUUACAGGAAACAAAUUUUAAAGUGACUAGUAAUAAUAUCACAAAAGAAUUUGAGGACAAGUCGAUGCAACUAGAUGAUUUGCAUGUGGAAAUGAAAACAGAUAAAAGUAUUGAAGAAGUUGAGAACAUUCAUUAUGAGAAUAAUGAUAAAGGUUCAAAUGAAACAGACAAGGACAAUGUCAAUGAGCUAAGUUCUUUGGUCAAAGCAGCAGAGUCGACUUCUCUGGAAUCUAGAAAAAGAACAGAGUCGCUUGACAAUGAAUCACUUUCAGUCUCAAAUUCAGCCUCAAAUUCAGCCUCAAAUUCAGAUUCAAAUUCAGAUUCAGAUUCAAAUUCAAAUUCAAAUUCAGAUUCAGAUUCAAAUUCAAACACAAACACAAAUACAAAUACAAAUGUUGGUUCAGUUUCAGAUUCGGAUUCAGAUUCAGAUGUGAUUUUUGAUUGA